AUGGUAGAGAGAGAGUUAAGAAAAGGAACAGCCCAUCACUCAGGCAGCACAGAGGACCAGGAAAGAAGCCUGCAUCUGUGCAUGCCAGGCAGCAUAUGCUCGAGCAACGAGCAUGCUCAAAUGCAUUCAGACGCCAACAAAAGAAUUGGAGAAAUAAUAGAAAAACUAAAAAAGAUGGCAAGCAAAAUGAACGAAAACGCAAAGCAGCAGGCAGGGUCUGAUAUCCCCAGGAGGCACAGCACAGGGCAUUCUGCACGGGACGCCUUUAGCCUAAGUGAAAGGACAGAGAGCCUCGGGCACGCAGAUGCAGGCUAUGCAGGGCUGCUUGAGUGCGCUAGCAAGGGCGUGCUCUCCUUGGAAAUGGAGCCAAAGUAUAUUCAAAGCGCGCCCAAGCACGUGCCUGCCAAAGAGAUGGAGACCUGUGCACUUCAGGCGCAGAUAAAUGAAAUGGUUGAAAGAAGCCCGUCUUUCAUCCAAAUAAAGAGCGCGCUGGAGCACCUGAUUGCCCUUCUCGCCCCCCAGGCCAAAGGCGCAGGGGAAGCUCGCGUGCCUGAGAAAAAGCAGAAUGCAGCGCCCAAAGAGCCGAGCGGGCACAUGGCAACCCGCCUGGUGUGCCAGAACAUGGUGGAAAAAAUCCGAGAAACCCUGCUUGCCAAGUCUGCGCAGAAAGACAACAGGGAAGAGCUGGCAAACACGCUGAAAAAUGAGGUAGGUGCGCACAGAGCCGCAAAGAAGGCGGAAAGUAGCGCGAGAGGCGGAAACACGCGGGCACCACAGAAGAAGGCAGCGCCCACGCGGGCAGCAGAAAAAACUGCGCGCAUGCAGAAGCUCUUUGGCCAGGGGCCGCACAUGUUUUCGUUUUUUCGGGUGACAAACCUGCCCAGAAAGGGCCAAAGCGUGGACGAGAUAGAGGAAGCAUGGAGAGCUGCGACAGAGCUUGAAUCCUUUGAAAUCGGGCUUAUUUUUAUGCUGGAGGAGACGGAGGCGCAGCUUGUGGUUUCAGACCAGAAGGUUUCCGAAAUGAAAAAGAUUUUGAAUGUUUACAAAGAGCAAAGCAAAGACGUAAAAAUACAGGGGCCUCUUAAAAACCCGCUGGCCCAUGAGAGGCACAGCGAGGCAUGGCUGCUUAGGUGCAUACGCACCAAGGCAGAGCAGUUUCUGCAAAGCGAGGUCCUUAGGGGCACGGGCCUGUACAGGCUGUGCCAAAUGGCGCAAAGAUGUGCUGGGACUUUGGAGUUUAAGCAGAGUCUUUCAGAGGAAAAGCACGAGCGCCGAUAG